GUCCCUGUCUCUCAGCUGUGACAGACGCCACACUGCUAGCUGUUUGGAAAAUGAAACUGGCUCGUGUUUGACUUCGAGAGGCAGCCAAAAGAAAACCAAAACAAGAUUAGUACUAGAUAUAAACCCCCGGGAGGUUGACUGUUUUAACUUGGCAACGACUGAGGCAGAAGAACCCGACGCUGGUAAUGUUGAGUAAACACCAGAGCUGGAUGGGAUCUACUGUUCUGCAGUGGAGGUAAGAUCAUUUCUGUAGCUGAUUCUGUAGCAGUGGGCUCAGCUACUUGGUGAGACUGAAGCUGCUGUCACUAUGGCGCACUUUGACACAGAGUACCAGCGCCUGGAGGCGUCCUACAGCGACUCUCCCCCCGGAGAGGAGAACCUGCUGAUGCAUGUGCCUGAAGGAGCCAAAUCCCAGUGGCACCAUAUAGAAAACCUGGACCUGUUUUUCCAGAGAGUCUAUAAUCUGCACCAGAAGAAUGGAUUCACCUGUAUGCUGCUGGGAGAGAUCUUCGAGCUGGUUCAGUUGCUGUUUGUGGUUGGCUUCACCGUGUUCUUAGCUAACUGUGUGGACUAUGACAUACUCUUUGCCAACAAGUUUGUAAAUCACACUGAUUCAUCUAAAGUCACGUUGCCCGAUGCCUUCCUCCCAGUGGAUGUCUGCAGUGCCCGUAUCCGAGACAAUGCAUUCGUGAUCUUUGUGCUGAUAAUCUCUGGGGUGUUUUGGCUACAUCGCCUGAUCAAAUUCAUCUACAACGUCUGCUGUUACUGGGAGAUUCGAUCCUUUUACAUCAACGCACUCAAGAUGACCAUGUCAGAACUCCCCUAUGCAACAUGGCAGGAGGUCCAGGCCAGGAUAGUGGAGAUCCAGAAGGAGCACCAGAUCUGCAUCCAUAAAAAAGAGCUGUCAGAGCUCGACAUUUACCACCGCAUCCUCCGCUUUAAAAACUACAUGGUUGCCAUGGUAAAUAAAUCACUCCUUCCUGUGCGAUUUCGACUUCCCGCACUAGGGGAGUCUGUGUUCUACACCCGGGGUCUCAAAUACAACUUUGAGCUCAUCUUCUUUUGGGGGCCAGGCUCUCUGUUUGAGAACGAGUGGAGCCUGAAACCAGAGUACAAGAGGGGAGGUAACAGGCUGGAGCUGGCAGACAGACUAGCAUCCCGUAUCCUGUGGAUUGGGAUUGCCAAUCUGCUGCUGUGUCCAGUCAUUCUGGUGUGGCAGAUUCUCUACGCCUUCUUUAGUUAUACAGAGGUGAUCAAGCGAGAGCCUGGUUCUCUGGGAGCAAGAUGCUGGUCUCUGUAUGGUCGAUGUUACCUGCGUCACUUCAACGAGUUGGACCAUGAGCUCAUGUCACGCCUCAGCAAAGGCUACAAGGCUGCAUCAAAGUAUAUGAACUGUUUCCUCUCACCACUGCUGACGGUGGUUGCCAAAAAUGUAGCGUUUUUUGCCGGGUCUCUUCUGGCCGUCCUCAUCGCCCUGACUAUCUACGACGAGGAUGUUCUCGCAGUGGAACAUGUUCUCUCAUCAAUCACACUGCUCGGAGUGUGUAUCACAGUCUGCAGAUCAUUUAUCCCAGAUAAGCACAUGGUGUUUUGUCCUGAGCAGCUGUUGAGGGUUAUCCUGGCUCAUAUCCACUACAUGCCUGACCACUGGCAGGGCAAUGCACAUAGAUAUGAGACUCGUGACCAGUUCUCCCAGCUCUUCCAGUACAAAGCAGUGUUUAUUCUGGAAGAGCUGAUAAGUCCAGUGGUGACUCCCAUCAUCCUGAUCUUCAGUCUGAGGAGGAAGUCUCUGGAGAUCAUUGAUUUCUUCAGGAACUUCACUGUGGAGGUGAUCGGGGUAGGAGACACUUGCUCCUUUGCCCAGAUGGACAUCAGGCAGCAUGGACACCCUGCGUGGAUGUCAGAGGGGAAGACAGAGGCGUCUAUCUACCAACAGGCAGAGGAUGGGAAGACAGAGUUGUCUCUGAUGCACUUUGCCAUCACCAACCCCCAGUGGCAGCCUCCUCAGGAGACCACACACUUCAUCAGCCAGCUGAAAGAGCGAGUUCACAGAGAGGCAACAGGGGCUAAUUCAGACACACAUCCACUCUCGCUGUCUGAGUCUGAGCCAAGGAGCCUCAUUGCAAACCUUUUGGUGGGUCCGUCUACACUGGCCUCUAUUCAUUUUGGCAGAGACGGCUCUUUGACUAAUCAUGCAGCAGCUGGGUUAAGCGAUGGGGCGUCUGCCUUACGCUCCCUUUCCCCAAUCAGCAGCAGUCUUCACCUGAGAGGCAGCUUGAGUGCAGCUCACAGGGCUUCUGGCAACACUUCAACCAUGAGCAAAGCAAUGGCAGGCUCUGGGACUGAUGCCCGGACUGUGAGCUCAGGCAGCAGCGCAUGGGAAGGUCAACUCACCAGUUUGGUCCUGUCAGAGUAUGCCUCCACUGAGAUGAGCAUCCAUGCACUUUACAUGCAUGAGCUACACAAGCAGCAGUCCCGUGGCGAGCUAUCCCGUCACACGUGGCACAGGCAGGAGAGUGACGAAAGCAGCGACAGCGUCCCCGAUGAAGUAAGGAGCGAACCCAACCCUCACUCCAGACAUUUCCCUCGCUCACACACUUUCCCCACCACAGUUCCCAGUCCCAGUGCCAUUCCCACUUCAGCUUCAGCCACCAGCAGUACCACCAUGGGCCAGGAGGGGGCUCCAUCACACAGCAGCAACCAGCGGCGCUAUAGUGGGCCUGCCACAGACUCUCUUGGUGCAGGGGGGAAAGUAGUGAGGUCAGCCCGUGGUGUGCCCAUGGGAGGGUGGGCAGAGGUGGGUCAGGCAGCGCCACGACACCACGGGACACUACCAGAGGAGAGCUCAGAGGAUGAUAUGCCUCCUCACAUACAAAAGAUUACAUAACCAAGCCAUGUGAAUAAGUAUCAGCGUCCCAUCCUCCAUAGACAUCCAAACACACAUCCUCGUCCUCGACUGAACCUUUUUCUCCAGGAUUGACCGUCUGAUCCGAGACAGAUGAAGAUGGACAUGUGCCAGAGAGGCGUACCAUGAUCCCUACAAACACUUAACUAGUGAAAUCAUCUGGACAAGUUACGACCGAUGCCACCAUCAAUCAUUCAAAGAUACCAUAUGACUUAAUACAUGCCUAAACAGGCAAACAGGGUAAAUAUCUGAAUUUCAGAAGAGGACCUACAGGAUCAAAUUAUUUCUAACAGCCAUUGAUACCAUCAAAUUACGCUACGCUCUUUUAUAACGUCAAAGAUUACAUAAUGAAAAUAAUGCAUGUGUUGCUGGGAUGUAAACAAAAAUUAUGAACAUUUCUUCAUCCUUUGCACUAUGCUGCUGUAGAAAAAUACAUAACAAUUUGACCAAAAUGUGAUUACUUUUACAAAUCAGAUGGCAUGAGAGGUGAAAUUUGAAGAAUGUGUGGUGUCUUUCUCAACAAUAACAGCAUUCACCAAACUGUGCUCAGAAUGAUGCUGAUAACACAAUGACUUUCAUUGUGUGUAUCUGUUCUUGUACCAAUAGCAGGAGGCUAUGCGUCCUACCCUGUGCUCUGUAUUUCAGCUUGCAUUCUGCCUCUUCACAAAACAAAUGAAGGCCUCAAAUAGCAUCAAAAUCACCUGACAUUUUUUAAUAACAUUUUACUCCUUUUUUUUUUUUUUUCUGCAUGUAUUGCAUAACAAAAUUCAUGUGAAUUUUCUCAAAUGUUCAGAAACUUUUCCAAGAGUCUGACUCAGUUUGCACACAUACAGUAGAUUCUUAGAUAAUUGUACAGCAUAGACCGGUAUUUACGCACACAUGCAAUGUGUAUAUAAAUGUUAUCAGGUUAUUUCACACAACAGAAUAUUUAAUUAAUCAAAUUUACACAAUUAUAAGGCCAAUAUGUUGUGAUGUGUGACCAGAAUGCUGUAAGCAAGCACAUUUUAAUCUGAUUUAACCAACAUUUUUUAUUGUUUAUCAUUCGUUAUCUUUCAACAGAUUUGCGCAAGGGCGAAGCAAACAAACAAGGCUGUUUUUAAGCAUGUAAUAUUGACUUAUGUGCCAUACAGAAAAAACCCUCAAGCACAAGUGCAUGACCAUCAUCCACACAUCCCUCUAAAGAGUUGAAACUCAUCCCACAAGAAGAAACCAUGACCAUCCUCCACAUCCUGCUAAAUCACAGCAUGACUUGUUCUCCUGUCAUUAGCCGCAAUUCUUUAAAAGAAGAAUUAUGCACUUUAAUAAGUUAAUGCAGAGGGUGUCACUUAACUUUGGAUUGUUUGUAUGUGUAUGUUUUCUUGUAUAUAUAUAUAUAUUUUUAAUUAUUUUAUUUAUCAAAGGGAUGGAAUAUGACAUGAUGAUUGAAUAAAGGUUUGGUUUACUGUUGUGCACUUGGAUGGAUGGGGGAUAAAGAAGUCACACUGCUAAACUGAUAAUAUGGUCAAGGAUGCAGUGCUUCAGUGCACUAAUGUUAGAUUAAGAUUGUGUUGGGUCUUUUUUGUUUUAUAGAUCCUGUAAAAUACCAUUUUGUACAGCUGUAAAUUCAUCCAUUAAAGACAAUGAUACAAUAA